AUGGCAGGCGGAACAAGCCUCUGGGCCAGCAAAGAGGCCAAGACCGACCCCAAGGAGAUCUUCAAUCUGCGGUUGCUGUAUCUGCUCGUCACCUUGGCUUGGGCGGGAUGCUUCUACGGUUUUGAUACCGGCAAUAUCGGUGGCAUCUUGACGCUACCCUCGUUCGAGACGGCAUUUGGCCUCAUUGAUCUGCCCCAGGCGGAGUAUGACAACCGCAAGGGCACGAUCGCAGCAAUGGUCGCAGCAGGCGGCGCCGCUGGAUCCCUCCUCGCAGCCCCAACAUCUGACGUCCUCGGUCGCAAGUGGUCCGUCUUCCUCUGGGGCCUUGUCUUCAUGCUGGGCGCCGCGAUGCAAAUGGUUCCGAGCUACGACGUCCUCCUCGCAGGCCGAUUCAUCGGUGGUCUCGGUGUCGGCGCCAGCUCUAUGCUGAGCCCUCAGUUCCUGGCCGAGAACUCACCCAAAUCCAUUCGUGGGUCGAUGACGGCGACGUAUAACCUGAUGAUUGUGACGUCGCUGAUGUUGGCGUUUUGGGUCAAUUAUGGGGUUUCACUGUGGAACAAGCCUGGUAUCGAGAAUGAUGAUACGCAGUGGCAGACUGCCAUGAGCAUCCAGCUUAUCCCCGGGGGACUCAUGGUGCUGAUGAUUCCGUUUGUCCCUGAGACGCCAAGGUAUCUUAUUAACCAUGGGAAGGCUGAGCAGGGGCUGAAGAACUUAUGCCGCUUGAGAAAGCUGCCGCCUGACCAUCCUUAUAUCCAGCUGGAAUUCAGGGAGAUUCAGGCGCAGGUGCAGUUUGAGCAGGAGACCUUCCAGGGUCACAACUACUGGGUCGUUGUCAAGGAUAUCUUUGGAAACAGGAGCAACCUGCAGCGAUUUGUUCUUGCGGUGUUGUUGUUUAUCUUCCACAAGUUGACUGGGACAGACUCGUUGAAUUACUACGCGCCUCAAAUCUUCGAGCUCAUCGGUGUCGAAGACAACUCGUCCCUACUAACGACAGGCGUCUACGGCGCUGUCAAAGUGGCCGCAACGAUUUUCUACGUUGCAUACCUCGUCGAUCGAGUAGGUCGCCGUCUCCCGCUCCUGAUCGGGGCAACGAUCCAAGGCACUGCCAUGCUUUAUCUUGCCCUCUAUCUCCGCUUCGCCGGCAAAGAUAAUACGGAUAUGGGCGGCACGCCUGCCGGUGGCAUCGUGGGGAUUGUAUGGAUCUAUCUGUACGCAUUCGGCUGGUCCUUCGGGCACAGCGUCGCGUGCUACAUCGUUGCAGCGGAGAUUUUUCCGACGAGAAUUCGAUCCGUCUGCAUGGGCUUCUGCUUCUUCACAAACUGGAUCAUCGACUACGGGAUCACGCGCGCAACGCCCAAUAUGCUGACGAACAUGGGGUACGGGGCGUUCCUGCUGUAUGCGCUGCUCACGUAUCUCGGCGUGGUGUUUAUCUUCUUCUGUCUGCCUGAGCUGAAGGGACGGUCGAUUGAGAGUAUGGAUGACUUGUUUCAGCGGCCGCUGUGGACGAUGUGGAGGCAUGCAUAUCCGACUGAGGAAGAGACUGUGAGACAUGGUGUUCGGGACGCGAAGCAGGCUGAGAACGAGGAGCGUGAGGAUGGAGACAAGCGCGAGAGUCGGGCUAGCCAUGUGGAGACUGCUGCGUAG